UUCGGUAAGUCUUCUCUAUGGAAUUCUGGAAAUAAAUAAUGUUGAUCGGUUGUAUUAUAUCGUAUCCGCCGUAGGAAUUUCGUGGUUUGCGUUUAGUCUGACGUCCAUGUUGAAGUUAGUUCAAUGCACAAGAGGAUUGCGCUCAACAAUGGGAUGCCGUGGAAGUGAAUGAGAGCGUGGCGUGGAAGCUAACACGCUAGGUGUUGGACCAGCGAUCAACGGAUUCAAAAAAUGUUUGGCUUUCAUAAGUCCAAGAUCUACCGGAGUAAUGAUGGAUGUUGUAUCUGUAAAACCAAGUCCUCAAGUUCACGUUUUACAGACAGCGGUCGUUAUGAAGAAACCUUCAGGCUGUGUUUUGGUUUGUCAGAAGACCGUGUUGGAGAUAUCUGCAAUGCUUGUGUUCUGUUGGUAAAGAGAUGGAAAAAGCUACCGAAUGGCUCAAAGAAGAACUGGAAUCACGUUGUGGAUGCCAGAGCAGGACCAGGCUUCAAAUUAACUAAACCUAAGAAGAUGAAGACAGGGGAUGUGAAGAGGAAAAGCAAGCUUAAAAAACUUCACAAGUUUAAGAGGCAAAACUCUGAUGCCCAAAGCACCACAUCCAGUAUGUCUCCUUCCCAGUCCCCCAGCUACAGCAACCAGUCGGACGAUGGUUCUGAUAUUGAGUCCAAGCAGAGGCGUUCUACUCCCACUGCCUUCUCUUUCCUUGACCGCUCCUACUGGAAAAGACAGAAGAUAUGCUGUGGCAUUGUCUACAAAGGACGGUUUGGGGAGGUGAUCAUUGAUCCUCGGUUAUUUAAGCCCUGCUGCAGUUCUAAGAAGCAGAACACCCUGGUGCCCGCACAGGUUGCACCACACCUUCCAGACACGCUUCCUGCACCAGUCCCAGAAGAGCUGAAAGAAACCUGGUGAUGUUUCAUUGUUUUAUUUUAAAUCCCACAGGGUUGUCCAUGGUGCCUAGAUUUGUCUCCAGUGGCAGACUUCCACCCUUCAAAUUAAUUUGCAACGUUGGAGAGAAGUUUGAUCAACUCCUCUUACGGUUCCUUUUUUCUAUUUGUAUUUGCUUUUUGUAUAGAAUCGACUUAUUUUUGAUGAUCUUUUUUUAUAUAGAAGAAAAAAAAAAAAAAAUGUAAGGGCAUUAGUAAUCUAUAAUAUGGCCAUGAAAGGUUUAAUGUUUCUUAUGAGUUAACUGACCAGCUUUCUGUAAAUAUCUGACUUUUUCCAUACAUAUCAAUUCUGUUAAUGUGCUCAAGAAAAUCACCAGAUAUUCCUAAUACCAGUUUGUGUGUGAGUAUUUUUCAACACACCUUGUCCUUGUUGUUGCUCCAAGUCUACCAAAACGAUGCUCUCUUGGUUUAUAUUACACAAAGAGAUAAUGGCUAGCACUGUGAACAUGCUCCAAUCUGUUUUCCAUCAAAUCUAGACUUUGUCGAAUGCCCAUACUAAAUACGCGCAUAGUCUGAAGUUCCGUAGUUUAACAGACUGGAGUACUGUACAAUAUACUUUUUUCUGUACAAUAGACAUUACUGUUUCAAUUAAUCUGCAUUGUGUGUGUGUGCACAUUUUAACAAUCGGUUAGACUGUGUAUACACUACUGCUUUUGUAGUUGUUUUUUUUAUGAACUGAAAGGCAUGUUUUUUUUCCAAGCGGAUGUUUUAAAGGGGUUUGUAAAUACACAUUUAGCCUUGUGCCAUGGGGUUCCAUAACCGGUGAACCACUACUUUCUAAUGUUUUGUGAAAAAGGCACUGCUGGAUAACCGUCAUAAAUCCUGUCCUCAAGGAUUUUUUCUUUUUUUUUAAGAGGUGAAAUUCCAAACUCAGACUUCUACAGUGAUAUUUUCACUAGCAUUAAAAGUUAUGCUGGAUGCAUGGGGUAAAACCUGUAAUUUACAAAUCAUGACUGUUCUGCAUUUCUUCUACAGCCUUGCUUAAUGUUCUGUUACUGAAUAUAUUUGUUAUUGCAGUUGCUGUUUUUCUUUAAGGCAACUCUCAAAGCUAUGACUAUGCAGACAUUUUGAAUGUGAGAAGUGACCUGAAAGUUCAAUUUCAUAUCUUAGCCUCAGGUGUUUAUUUAUUAACCAAAUUGGCUUGUAAAGCAAUAAUUAAGUCACUCACAAAGAAUUGUUUUUGCCAUGUUAUCUCUAACCAUAUAUUUUAUAAAAUAAUGCUCAUAUUGCACGCUUUUUGCCAUUGUGCAUAAUGUCGAUGUCCAGUAAACUGUGCUUUUCAAGGGUUACUUUGAAAAUUGUGACCCUACCUAAACAAAAUGGUUUGAAGGACCAUGCUCUAAACAUGUUUUAUGAAAUACAUUUCUGCGGCAGGGUAGUUGGAAGCUGAACAAUUUAUAUUCUUGUUGAAAGGAUGAUUGCUGCUUCCUUUGUGGUUAAAAUUAAGCUUGUUUUUGU